AUGGUGGACAUGGCCGGCUUGGCGACAACCGGGACGUGGCCUUCGCCGACUUUGUCUCGCAUGGCUGGUUUACCAGAUGAGCUUGUAUUACCAAUACCAGGGCGACAACUACUAUGUAUGUGCUAG